AUGAAGGCCUCGUCGGUACAGCAGGCCUUCAAGAGCCUGACAUCGCGCAUCCACCCACAGCUGCCACUGUCCGAACGCGAAUCGCAGCGCUUGCUAAACGCCCUCACAUCAUCCUUCCGCACCCAUCUGGAACACCAAUACCAUGACGCGCCCGCUUCAGCUUCUCCUACCUCGGUCCCUGCCCAGCGUCCUCUGUCGUCCGCUACAGCCACCGACCUUCACUUGGCUUCCAUCUUGACCAACCCUCUUCUCUCUAAGCCUGUUCAACAACAACUCAAGGCCAAGGCCAAGCACCCAGUUGCCCUCUUCGAAGAUCAGGUCGCCGCUGGACGUGCCAACCUAUCUUCUGCCAGACUAUGUCUCGAAGCUUUCCGUACCUCUCUUUCUUCGCUGCCUCCUGCCCAAGUCAAUGACCAUAUCACUCGCUAUGCUGCUGGCUCCCGUGCUUUGAGAUGGCUAUGGACUAGUGCCCGGACCCACGACCUUUCCUUCGCCCGAGAUGCCCGUUUCUGCAACCAGCUUACCUAUUUCCUUAUCCGCGAAGGCAAAGACGCUGCUUUGUGGGAGCUGAUCGACACACCCGUCGCAAUCUCAGCCAACCUCGCCGCCAAAGAAGCAAGUCUACGCAAGGGCUUACUGCUCGUUGCUAUUGUCAAGACUCAUCUCUCUGCUCCUCAUCCGUCUCUCGAGUCUGCCCUCUCUGCUUUCUUCCAAGCCGUAGAUGCCUCUCAAUCAUCUCACGCUUCGGUCUCACACGCCGGUGUCUAUCUGACUCAAGCCUUGGUCAAGCUCAAGUCCUUUUCCGACUCCGAAGUUGCUCUGUACGAUCAAUUCAUGCAUGCUAUCCCCCGCUGGUCCAAGAAGCAUCCAGACAGGGCUGUUUACAGGAUUGCGAACCUUGCCUUACACCAUCCCACCACACCGUCAGCUGAUCCCGCUUUGGACUUCAUACGCCUCCAGCUCAGGCCUCUUGCUUCUCAUCCCUUCCUGAAUCCAACUACUGCAUUCCAGAAGUCUACGGUCUUUGCUUUCUUCUUCGAUACCGUUAAGCUUUUGCAAAAGCAGGAACACUUUGAUGAUGCACUGUGGGUAAUGGAGUUCAUGCAGCAAAGGUUCCCUGACGAAUUUGCACCACCUCGCGCUUCGUCCUCUGCUGUGUCUCCAUCGUCCCAAGCUGGAGAAACGAGAGAAUCCACCUUUUCCCACUCAAACUUACCUGAAUGGAAGGUUCCUGAACUUGGCUGA